GUCUGUUUGGGAUUUUGGAGAAUGCCUGUGGAGAAUACUAGUAACAGUUCUACAAUGAAGCAUCGCAGUAGCAUCUCAAGGUAUAAAUAUGACCAUAAUUCCAGCUUCAUCUCUCAUCAUCAACCUCUCAUCUACUCUACUAUCAAACAAUUUAUCAACCCACCUCUAACAAAACCAAACAAGGUACUGUCCUCCACUAACAAGAUGCCAAUCGCACUAGCUGACAUGGAAAUGGACGACACUCCCACCGACGUUCGUCCAAACACCUACAUCCCCUACUCCCCCGAAUACACAGCCCCCAUGAGCUCUCACAACAGCACCCACCAAGCCGCUGCCAACGACUCCAACCGCUACCCACGCUGGAGUGCCGCCGGAAACCGCGCCCUGGGCCGUGUCAUCUCAGGCAACAAUGACGACGACAGCUUCAGCGACUCAGAGCCCAACUGUGACAAUAAUAGCAACGGUGACGACAAUGGUAAUGGCGACAUGGAACUCGAGGAAGAGCUUGACCUUCAGUAUACGAUUUUCGUUGGAUUGCCGCUGGACACUCCCCGCGAACAUAUCUGGAUGGUCCUCAAUAGGGCUCGUAAUACUGUUCUAGAUAAACUCACCAACUGCCAGUUUGACUCUACGGCGCUCAAUGUCCGGGACGACUCGUGGGUGCUUAGGUGCGACGCUAAGUUUAAGGCCGAUACUAUUGCCAUGGCUGGUGAAGGUAAUGAUAUGGAAUAUGUACUGACUUCUCUCGAGCAGUGGCUUUAUACGCUCUUGGAUAUGCAGGUUCAGGGCGCGGAUAUUAGUGUCCCGUGGAUGGCUGGGCCCUGGUCCAUGAGCUGGUUGCUCUUUGUGUUGUGAGUGUGUGUUUGCUUCGUGGGCCUGGGCCUUCCUCUGAUGCACAGGCAGUUUACAUGAUUUUAUCCAGGUGCGUGCUUUUCUAAUUUUGUCCCGAUUUUUAUUCCAGAUUAUCUGAAGGUGAGUCAUGGAGGAUUCGAG